CUGUGACAGAGGACACCAACCUGCACAGUGUGUGUCGUCAGUGUCGUCAGCGCGUGCACACUUGUCGGGUGGACAUUAACCACGCCCAUCACAACCCGCCAUCCUUUCUCUGACGUCACCAUGCUGUGUGACUGUUAACUUUAAAGUUUGAGGAUUUUAAUAGAGAAAUCUUGACAUGGGAAUCAGAGUACCGACGUACGAGGUUGCAGCCAUUAUCACAGCACUGGUGAGCACUGCCCUCGUGCUGUUCGUCGGUCUAUUCGUUUGCUGGAAGUAUCCGUUCUGUCGCUCCAGGACGUUCUGGGACAAACACGCAAAGAAACUCGUCAGGAAACUAUACAGUAAAUUUCACCGGGAGAGGGAAAAACCGGAUGAUACCCGAAGUCUCGUGAUGGGGCCUCUUCUUCGGAGGAGACAGUCGGAACAGACAAAGUUUGUGGUACCUCAGAUCUUUGUCGACUAUGGUAGCAGGAGGACCUCUUAUGCAUCCGACUAUGUGCGCAGGUGUUCUGCGGAAAGCGGAAGUAGUCGGAGGACAUCAUUGGCGUCUGUCGACACAGACCGGCGUGGUUCCGGAAGUAGUAUAAGCAGCAGGCGGACGUCACUAGCAUCAGACGCGGACCGCCGCGGGUCGGCGUCCAGUGUUUGUUCUAGACGUACGUCGCUGUUGUCAUCAGAAUGUCCGUCACGUCGGGGCUCUGGAAGUAGCAAGAGUGGCAUAAGUAGUCGAAAAAGUUCGGACGCCAGCAGGUUUGGUGAUACGGACGAGCUUUUAGCAGAUUUCUCUGACUCGGAAGCCAUCGAAGAGGAGUUUCUGGACGAGAUGCAACAACAGGAAGUGCGCAGGUCUAGUCUCGAGGAGGUGUCUUCCGGUAAGACUGGACAGGAAAAGGAGAAGAAGAAGCCGUACCGGCGGAGUCACUCAUUGGCGGAAAUCCGGCGGCCUACUCAUGUGUUCUUACCCGAAGGUCGGGGGCGUGGCGACAAUCGAAGGGUCACUCUGUCCUCCCUGGUGGUCAGCAGCAUGAACGCACUUGACCAUACCGUAAACCCAGUUGGACCAGCAUAUAAUCAGAGGAAAAAGUCAAAAAGUAAACCUGGGAGUAUUGGUCUGCCUGAUCGUCCGGUGGUGAUGCAUGACCUUAACUUGGAGGAGAUGAUGGUACCUAGACAGGCUCCUCAGCAACAGCCCACUGGUCGACUCAAAGUUCAGUUCCAGUUCAACGCCAACCGCACGGCACUGACAGUCAUAGUGAUCGAGGCAGAAAACCUACGUAUAGCCGACAUGCCAUGUGACACAGAGAUCAACCCGUACGUGAAAGCGUUCCUCGUCCCUGGGAGGACAUUUAAAUACCGGACGAAAACACUUCCGAAAACAAAGACCCCUGUCUUUCUUGAAAAGUUCACAAUAUCAGACCUUGUGCCAAGUGACUUAAGCGAUGAUGCUGCCAUGGAGUUUCAAAUAUACUCAUCCCAUCAUGUGUCCAGACGCCAUCUUGUAGGCGUGGCUUCGUUUCUCCUAAAAGACGUGCCCCGAUUGGACAAUGGUUUAGUGGACCUCACCAUUAUGCCACAGACGGUGUUUCGGUUACAUCAAGGAGACAUUCGGAUAUCGGGGUGCUAUCAGCCAGUGGCCGGGAAAAUUGUAUUUAAUGUCCUUGAGGCCCGGAAUCUUCCCCGAGUAUCACUGCUAGGAGCCAUUAACCCCUACGUCAAAGUGGAGAUGUAUGUUAACGGCAUGAGGGAAGCAAAGCACAAGACGAAAGUCCGGCAAAAUACACAGGAUCCUGUAUGGAACCACCCAUGUGUGUUUGAAAUUAAUCGUGAAAAUCCUAAGCUGCUAGGUCAUGUGUUUGUAUUCCAUGUAAUACACAAAGACAUGAUGAUGGGAAUACAGAAAAUAGGCCAGGUAGAGCUUGGCUGGUACAGUCACGGAGAACAACUGGAUCAUUGGUACGACAUAAUGGAACAUCCACACCGACCCACUGAUUACUGGCAUCCGGUCAUCAAGACAAGUAAAAUCAUGUCAUGACCUAUGACAUAGACAUGGAAAUACUGUCACGCGUUAUGACAUAGACACAGAAACAUAAAGUUCCCUCCCAUCCUCGUAGCAUUUUCGUGACACAGAACUAGGACUGAAAACUACAAUGAAUAUGGCUGUGAAUUACGUCAUUAGCAAUACUGGUUUUUGCAUGACGACAUUAACAUUUUUCCUUAUAUGUAUAUAUUGGUACUGGAAGUGACGUGUCGUCAGUAUUCCCGCCUGUCCCAGUAGUGUAUAUCAGAGUAUAUGGUGUGGACGCCGCUGUAUCAACUUUUACUGUGUGGAUCGCCUGUGGUAGAUCCAAAAUGUGAUAGUUACAUUCCCGAUCAUAUGUUGUAAGUAAAUAUAUUCAUCUUUCUGUAUAUACAUAUGGUUAAUCGUUAGCUGAGCCAAACGAAUGAAGUGCAAGUUAUAUAUCCAUGUGAGUUAUCAUUAUAUGUAUGUAAAAAUAUGAUAAAGCAUGUCAUAGAACGUGAUAGCCACGAAACAUGACAAGCAGAUCACUGAAACACUUUACCAGGAACAUGAACGGCGGAUAACUGUAACACAUAACAGCGAAGCAUGACAGGCGGAUCACCGUAAUAUUUCGUUACGAAACAAAUAUAACUGACAUAUAACUGUAAUACUUUACCACAAAAAAUAACUGCCAUAUCACUGUAAUACUUUACCACAAAAAAUAACUGACAUAUCACUGUCAUACUUUACCACAAAAAAUAACUGACAUAUCGAUGUGAUACUUAACCACGAAACAUAACUGACAUAUCACUGUAAUACUUUACCACAAAAAAAUAACUGACAUAUCACUGUAACACUUUACCACAAAAAUAACUGACAUAUCACUGUAAUACUUUACCACAAAAAUAGCUGACAUAUCACUGUAAUACUUUACCACAAAAAAUAACUGACAUAUCACUGUAACACUUAUCACAAAAAUAACUGACAUAUCACUGUAAUACUUUACCACAAAAAAAUAACUGACAUAUCACUGUAAUACUUUACCACGAAACAUUACUGCCAUAUCACCGUUAUAUUUCGCUACGAAACAAACAUAACUGACAUAUCACUGUAAUACUUUACAACAACAAAAAACUGACAUAUUACUGUAAUACUUUAACACAAAAAAUAACUGACAUAUCAAUGUAAUACUUUACCAGGAAACAUAACUGCCAUAUCACCGUUAUACUUUAACAAGAAACAUGACCGGUGGAUCAAUGGAUCAAUGUUAUGCUGAACAAUUGCUUUACAAUAAAACAUGACCGGCAUGUAAUGCUUCACCUUGAAACAUGACACGUGGAUCACCGUUAUACUUCGCUACGAAACAUGACUGGCAUAUCACCGUAAUACUUCACCACAAAAAAUACCUGACAUAUCACUACCACAAAAAAUACCUGACAUAUCACUGUAAUACUUUACCACGAAACAUGACUGGCAUAUCACAGUAAUACUUUGCCACGAAACAUGACUGGCAUAUCACUGUAAUACUUUACCACGAAACAUGACUGACAUAUCACUGUAAUACUUUACCACGAAACAUGACCGGCGGAUCACCGUAAUAGUUAACCGCGAAAUAACCGAUGGUCACUGUUAUACUUUACCACUAAACAUUACCGGCGGACCACUUUGAUAUGUUGUUGUGAAACAUGACCUGUUGAUAACUGUAAUAUUUUCCAGCGAAGCAGUACCGGCGAUUCACUGUAAAACUUUGAAAUAAGACGGCGGAUAACUGUUAUAAUUUCCCGUGAAACAUUACCGAGACGAAAGAAUGAUGUAAUAUUGUUUUUUGAAUCAUGGACAUGAAAGUGGGGGAGAUGCGUUAAUAUAGCUCUAAAAAAUCCAGGUAGCUGAUACCGUGUACAUUGACUAGAAAAUAUCUAAGGUUUGAACUGGUUACAGCUGCCAAGCAUGGUCAAUUUGACUGAAGAUGAUAAUAAAUAGUGAAGCAUUUUAUCUCUUAAUUUUUCAGAAAACGCUCAUAUGAAAUGAGAAUGUAAUUCAAUAGAAUAACACGGACAUCAUCAUGGUCAAAGUGCUAUCAAAGUGAAGAAUGUUUUUAUGUCCUUUUUUCAAACAAUGCAUACAUAUAUUAAGUUUGUCUACUUACGGAAAAGGGCGGCCGGAUUUCGUUGAUAUAUAUUCUUGAAAAAAAUGUAUAAUUACUAAUAGACGAGGGAAUUCCUUCUCCUGUCUGACCAUACGUUUUAUACUGUUUAUGUUUGCGUCAUUCUGAUAUCACAUGCGCAUGACACACCAUUUCAUUGUAAACAAAAUUGGCCUGCGGUAGUGUUGUCAGUGAGUGAAAACUGUUAUUGCCUCAGGAACGGAGUGAAGAGUUGCCAAAUGGUCAAGCUAUGCUGCAAAGAUUACGUUAAGGAAGCAUUGUUGAAGAUGGAAGGUAUUAGAACGUGCCCUAGCAAUCGAAACGCUACACAUAUUCUUCAGAAUAGCUGGUAGUAAGUUGAAUAAAGCUGACGUGGUCUCGAGCGCAUUGUAGAUUAUGUUUUGAAUAUUUCAAAGCAUUUACAUGGCUAACUUAUGUUUGUCUUUGGAACACGAAUGGUGUCAUUUUGUUAUGUUAAUGGGCAUGCAUCAGUUGAAUUCACAAUGUAUUUCCAUAUAUUUGAUGAGAAGGGAAGAGAUAAGUAAGCUUCUGGUUUCUGGUUUGUUAGAUUUUGCGAUGUGGCUCUCUGGGUGUUAAAUACCUACAGUUCGUUAUAAACCAAUAUCGCAACAAUAAAAUUGAGGGUGAUAUAUAGUAUAUUAUAUAUAGAGAGAGAAGGUAUUGGACAUGAACAAUCAUUACGAUCAUGACGCCGUACCCAUGGUGAUGCCGUCGUUAUUAGUAUUAUAUUUUCCUUGUCAUGUUUUGAUAUUUAGACACAAUAAAGACACAACCACGACAGUUAGCAAUUGUAAAAGUUUAAGUGAUAUCAUGUGUGUCGUGAACAUAUCCUUAUGAUGACUCUAAAGAAACGUUCCUCAUGAUGUAUGACCAAGUGUGAUAUCUUACAAGUUUGUCGUGAAACAGAACCAGGCGAAAACUCGAAAGCUCUGUCGAAAUAAUUCUCAUACUAGACUACCAGCGUUGUCUCGUUGCAAGGACAGAUCGUAGACGGUAUAUAGGGACCAGUCACCGGAUGGUCUGCCAUGCGGUGUAACGUACCAGCAAUUGUUGAUGUCGUGUAGCAUUUAACCGUUCUUGGCUGGGUCGCUAUCGGUGACAGAUCGGUGGUCAGCUGAUUCUGGCAGGUCUGUUUCCAUGUCCGGCGCGUUAAUUAUCUGGACAUCAAGUCCUGACACGCGUGACAGGAUAUAUCGCUGUUCUCGGCACAACGGCUGGACAUCGGAGUAGUUGUGGUGUGAUAUAGUACCGUAUGUGAGAAAUGUUCGGCUGUUCGCGUGUGAAAUGACAAUUACUGAUCUCAAAUAAUAAAUGAUAUGCCAGUAAUUACAUAGAGUAUUUGCUGAAACUGUUUGUUCUGUACAUUUCUUAUAUAAGGCCGUCAUUUAAUUAUUUAAGAAGUGUUGUUUCUCUUAGUACUGACUCCGUCGUGUAAGUGAUGUGUAUGGAUUGUUUUCCUUCAGAAUUGGUAUCAAACAGGCUUUCAAAUUCGCUUUUCCAUUAGUAAACAAACCCAAUAUCAUUAUACACUUUUAAAGAUAUUAGGUUUUGUCAAAAGAUUGCAGGAUGUAAUUAUUUCACAUCAAACAUUGUUUCACUAGUAUUGAUUAAGCGUAAUUAAAUUUGUAAUUUGUUCAUAAAUAUGAAUGCGGAUUAGCUUUGAGUACACAAGUAUUAUCACGGAAAAUAAAUCGGGAGAUUUUAAUUCAAGAAAAAAUAACUGUACUGUAAUAAAGUUUAGAAUAUUUUUAUUGAAGUAAAAAACUUUUUUAGAAUUGACCUAAUUAAGUAGUGAAAUAUUCAUGAAUGAUAAUCAACUUUUUAAAAACAAGUCCGUUUUAUAUGAACACUGUCCUUUAUAAUUAAUUUCCCAUUGGUAUUCAACCCGUUACGUAAAGUUGUGAAAUUGAAGUAUUAUUGUGUGACUUGAAUUUUGAGUCAGACGCAAUGGAUGUGAGGGGAAUUUGAAUAUACAAUGUUUAUUAGAAUUUGUGUUACUGAAUGUAUUAAUAACGUUUAGAAAGGAUUUGUGUGUGAAAGAUUGAACGUAAAUACAGAGAGAAUAAUUAAAUAAUGUACAUAUUGCAUGAAUGGAUUGUGUUUGUUGAUUUAAUAGUUAAAGAUUGCAUACAUGUUUGAAAUGGAUAAUUAUUAUUUUAUGAUUAUACAUAAAUGCUCAUUUGUAUAUCUGGCACAAGGAAUGACCACAACGUUGACGAAAGAUAUCUCUAUUUUUCAAAUCUGUAAUAUAUUUAUUAAUAAAUGAGAUUGCAUAAUCUGUUAUUUACAUGUAAAUGUGACUUUAGGAUGGAAAUAGAUUGUAUAAAA